AACUAUAUUUUUUUAGUGCUUCUUACUUUUUUUUUCUUUUUCCAUUUUUUGGUGAAUUAUACUUAUUUUAUUACAACUUAUUCAGAGGAAAUUAACUUAUUUAAACGCCAGUAAACAAUGGGAUCAUCUAGAGAAAAUCAAAUUUCUGCUCAAAAUUGUGUCCAAGCCAGUGCUAUCGCUGGAUUCAAAUCUGCAUUUAUCGCAGGCGUUGCUACAUCAAUUCCUACUUUAGUUGCAGUUCGUACAAUUCCUUGGGCAAAAGCAAAUCUGAACUACACUGGUCAAGCUCUCAUCAUAUCUUCUGCGUCUAUAGCAGCCUACUUCAUUGCUGCGGACAAGACUAUCUUGGAGGGAGCAAGGAAAAAUGCCGAUGCUCGCUAUCGUAGAAACUAGUUGUACGUGUUAUUUUUUCAUGUAAAAAAAUCAAAAAACAAUUGUUAUAAUUUAAUAUAUUUUUAAAUUUGAAUUUAUAUGUAUA